GUGUGUGUAGUCUGCAUGUGUGGUUUGCGCGUGAACCGAAAAAAUCAAAGACGAGGAAGGCACAGAGGAGGCACAGAGGCAGCCCGCGAGCGCUCAGCUAGACCGUACGUUACGCUGCCAGAGAUGGUCACGUCCACACCGGGGUUCCUCCUGCUGCCGCUGCUAAUAUGUCUCCAGCACUGCGUUAACGUCCACGGUACUAAGACAGAAUGUGAGGCCAGCCAGUUUCAGUGUGGGAACGGCCGCUGCAUCCCAUCUGUCUGGCAGUGUGACGGAGACGAGGACUGCACAGACGGCAGUGACGAGAACUCCUGUGUGAAAAAGACUUGUGAGGAGGUGGACUUUGUGUGCCUCAAUGGCCAAUGCGUCCCGAAGCGUUGGCACUGUGAUGGGGAGCCGGACUGUGAGGACGGCUCAGACGAGACCGUCGAAAUCUGCCACAUGAGGACGUGCCGUGUCAACGAGUUCAGCUGCGGAGCGGGCUCCACUCAGUGUAUCCCCAUCUUCUGGAAAUGUGACGGAGAGAAGGACUGUGACAACGGAGAGGACGAGGUCAACUGUGGUAACAUCACCUGCACCCCUAAUGAGUUCACAUGUGCCAGCGGCCGCUGCAUCUCCAGGAACUUUGUGUGCAACGGCGAGGACGACUGUGGCGACGGCUCCGACGAGGUGGAGUGCGCGCCGUCCUCCUGCGGUCCCAGCGAGUUCCAGUGUGGGAACUCAUCGUGCAUUCCGGCCAGCUGGGUGUGUGACGACGACGUUGACUGCCAGGAUCAGUCUGAUGAGUCUCCGACCCGGUGCGGCCGCCACCCGACGCCGCCUUCCAAGUGUUCCACCAGUGAGAUGCAGUGCCGCUCAGGAGAGUGUAUUCACAAGAAGUGGAGGUGUGAUGGAGACCCUGACUGCAAGGACGGCAGCGACGAAGCCAACUGUCCUGUACGCACUUGUGGACCGGAUCAGUUCAAAUGUGAGGAUGGAAACUGUAUCCUGGGGAGCAGACAGUGUAACGGUCUCAGAGACUGCGCCGAUGGAUCAGACGAAGUCAACUGCAAAAACAUGACUCAGUGUAAUGGACCAGAGAAGUUCAAGUGUCGCAGCGGGGAGUGUAUCGAGAUGAGCAAAGUGUGCAACAAGGCCCGAGACUGUCCUGACUGGAGCGAUGAACCCAUUAAGGAAUGCAAUCUAAACGAGUGUCUCCUGAACAACGGCGGCUGCUCUCACAUCUGCAAAGACAUGGUGAUCGGCUUCCAGUGUGACUGCACACCUGGACUUCAGCUCAUAGACCACAAGACCUGCGGAGACAUCAAUGAGUGUCAGAACCCCGGCAUCUGCAGUCAGAUCUGCAUCAACCUGAAGGGUGGAUACAAGUGUGAAUGCCACAACGGUUACCAGAUGGAUCCGACCACUGGAGUCUGCAAGGCUGUUGGUAAGGAACCCUGUCUGAUCUUCACUAACCGCCGUGACAUCCGUCGUCUGGGUCUGGAGAGAAAGGAGUACACUCAGAUUGUGGAGCAGCAGAGGAACACAGUGGCUCUGGACGCAGACUUUGACCAGCAGAUGAUCUUCUGGGCUGAUCUGGGCCAGAAGGCCAUUUAUAGCACUGUGCUGGAUAAACGAGGGGAAGUUGGCACCCACAACAAAACCAUCGACAACGUCCAGACUCCUGUAGGAAUUGCCGUUGACUGGAUCUAUAAGAACUUGUACUGGUCUGAUCUUGCCACCAAAACCAUUUCUGUAAGCAAUUUCAACGGAACCAAGCAGAAAGUUCUGUUCAACAGAGGCCUCAAAGAACCAGCAUCCAUCGCUGUGGAUCCACUGUCUGGGUUUCUCUACUGGUCAGACUGGGGCGAGCCGGCCAAAAUUGAGAAAUCUGGGAUGAACGGAGUGGACAGACAGGUCCUGGUUGCGACAGACAUCCAGUGGCCUAACGGAAUCACACUGGAUCUGAUCAAAGGCAGGCUGUACUGGGUCGACUCCAAGCUGCAUAUGCUCUGUAGCGUCGACCUGAACGGAGACAACAGGAAGAAAGUCCUCCAGUCUCCUGACUACCUGGCUCAUCCAUUUGCUCUCACUGUUUUUGAGGAUCGAGUCUUCUGGACGGACGGUGAAAACAAAGCCAUCUACGGCGCAAACAAGUUCACAGGCUCUGACGUGGUGACGCUGGCCAGUAACCUCAACGACCCCCAGGACAUCAUAGUGUACCACGAGCUGAUCCAGCUGUCAGGUACUAACUGGUGUGCAGAGAAAGGUGAAAAUGGAGGCUGUAGCUACAUGUGUCUGCCUGCACCACAGAUCAACAAACACUCCCCCAAAUACACGUGUGUGUGUCCGGAGGGACAGGAGCUGGCUGCUGACGGCCUACGCUGCAGACCUGACCAUUCUGCCAAAGGCCCCUCAAAGGAUGAUGGAAAAGCUCUAAUACAGCCACCAGAAGCCAACGUGAGCACGUCGAUUCAGGUGGAUUCUACAGCCAGAGGCUCUGCUGCUGCCUGGGCCAUACUGCCUGUCUUGCUGCUGGCGAUGGCGGCAGCGGGUGGCUACCUGAUGUGGAGAAACUGGCAGCUAAAGAACCAGAAGAGCAUGAACUUUGACAACCCCGUCUACCUGAAGACCACGGAAGAAGACCUAAACAUAGACAUCACCCGACACGGUGCCAACGUGGGCCACACCUACCCUGCGAUUUCGAUAGUGAGCACAGAUGACGACUUAUCAUGAUUUAUCGUCACGGCAACCCGUCGCGCUGCGUGGCGCCACCUCGUCCCCAUGCUGACGGUUGUCCGUAGCAGCAGCAGCAGCCCUUACAGUACGACCACAUGCCUUCUGAAGUGCAUUAUGUCAUUAUCUGUGGAGAGGAUGACUUGAGGAAAUGUUAUUUAUUAUGUGAAUACUACAAUGAAUUAUGUGUCCAUAACUGUUUUCACUCAAUGCAUCCAAAGUGUUAAGGAUUUUGUUUGUUUUUUUUGGUCCUUGUUAUUUUCGGGCCACAGCUUUUUUUUUUUUUUUUUUUGCCCGCCCUCUCAAAGGAGUCCAACGCCAUCUUUUCACAACAGAUGAGAGAAACACUUUGAGGAGGACACAGCGUUUCUCUCAGUAAACAGAUCGACUCUGCUGGACAGGAUUUAAAACUGGAUCUGAGCUGUCCGUAUCAGAAGUGAUACAGAAGUGUUAAAGACAGCGUGAGGCUACUUUUUGAUCAUAUUCAGAGUGAAAGCGGGGUCAUUAAGAAGUGAGGGAAACUCAACCCAAACUUGGUCUUUCUUGCCUCCUCUGAACAGGCUCACUUGUGUGAAUAUUUAUGUAACAUUAUGUUUUGGGCAGUAAUAUCUUAAAAUGUAAGUUUUCUUUUCUCUUUCUUUCUUUCUCAUUUUUUAUUUAAUUUUUUUCUGUCAAACAGUACAUCCUCUACUUCUUACAAGCUGUUUUUCAACCAGUGUUUAUUAUUAUUAUUAUUAUUAUUAUUAUUAUUAUUAUUAUUAUUAUUAUUAUUAUUAUUAAUAAUAUAGAAGCUGCGUAAGGAUCACCAUGGUUACCGCAUUUGUAAAACCUUGUAUAUAUUUACCCAUCAUCCCUCAAAGACAUGACCGUCAAUCAGGACUCUCUUCAAUGCACUUUGAUCAAAUGUUCCUUUUGUAAAUAAGAUUGUAUACAUUUGACUUGAAAUCAAUUUUUUGCUAUGGUUGGGCAUCAUACCAGGGUUAGAGUUCAGAUGUAUUUAACAAGAAAGAAAAAAUAGAGAAAAAAAACACCAAAAAAAAACAACACAACUGAAUUUGGUAAAACUAUUUUGUAUGUUUGUGUGCUGUUGCUGUGAACUUUUUCUAGCCUUGUACAGUGAGGGGGAAUACUAUCAAAACUUAAAAGCUCUGUAUCUGUGAAGAAACCGAUUUGAUCACUUGAGAAUAAAAAACUAAUCCACAACAUUGUUCAGAA